AUGGUGCUGAAUUUGGUACUUACCUUUGUGAAUGGCCAAUUUAUCAUCGACGAAGAUGAGGAUGACAGCAACGAGGAUGAAACACCCGAAGAGAAGGCUGAAAGAAAAAGCAUCGAAGAGGAUUCUUAUUUAACUGUGGAUAAAUUAAUUGCUAAAUAUGGGUAUCCUGCCGAAGUGCAUCAAGUUACCACCGAAGAUGGUUACAUUCUGACAAUGCAUCGGAUUCGUGGCAAAAAAGGUGCCCAGCCAUUCUUUUUACAGCAUGGGCUUGUUGACAGUUCGGCGGGUUAUGUUAUAAUGGGUCCGAAUGUGAGUUUGGCCUACCUCCUGGCCGACAAUAACUACGAUGUUUGGCUAGGCAAUGCCCGUGGUAAUCGUUAUUCCCGCAAUCACACCACCUUGGAUCCGGAUGGUAAGAAAUUCUGGGAAUUCAGUUGGCAUGAAAUUGGAAUGUAUGAUUUGCCGGCUAUGAUUGAUUAUGUGCUGAAGAAUACCGGGUUCAAGAGGAUACAAUAUGCUGGGCAUUCGCAGGGUUGUACAGCAUUCUUUGUCAUGUGCUCGAUGAGACCGGAAUACAAUAAGAAAAUCAUUAUGAUGCAGGCAUUGGCCCCAGCAGUUUAUGCCAAGGAGACCGAGGAGCAUCCUUAUAUUAGAGCUAUUAGUUUGUAUUUUAAUACCCUGGUUGGCAGUUCCAUAACGGAAAUGUUCAAUAACGAAUUUAGGUUUUUGUGUCGCAUGACUGAGGAAACGGAACGUUUGUGUAUUGAGGCUGUGUUCGGAAUUGUGGGCAGAAAUUGGAAUGAAUUUAAUAGGAAAAUGUUCCCGGUAAUCUUGGGCCACUAUCCGGCCGGUGUGGCAGCCAAGCAGGUUAAACAUUUCAUACAGGUCAUUAAGACGGGGAAAUUUGCCCCCUAUAGUUAUAGCACCAAUAAAAAUAUGCUGCUGUACAAGGAGCGAGAACCACCACGUUAUAAUUUAACGGCGGUGACGGUACCCACCUAUGUUUAUUAUUCGAAAAAUGAUUUACUCUGCCAUAUUUUUUGA